UUACUUAAUAGGCCAUUAUUAUUUCUGAAGUUUUGUGGAAAGUAACAGUGUAUUGAGUACUUGUGGAAACAUCUCUUGUUUUUAGAAGGUGUUGGGGACCAACAAAUCACUUCUUCUAUUAAGAAAGCAUUUAGCUAAGUCUGCUUUGCAAGAUUUGGAGCCAUUGUUUUCUGAGUUGUCGAAAAAUGCAGAAGCAUAUAGAGUCAGAAUAGUUGAGAAAUACAGCCAGAUAAAAGCCCACAUUGAGGAGGAUCAGAAGCUGAUGUUGGCCAUUCUGGAAACAGAAGAGAUUUACACCAGUAAGUGGCUGAGUUGGAGGAGUGAGUCACUAAAGUGUCAUGUUAAUGAUAUUAAUGCUGCCCUGAGAUCAAGCCAAACUCUCCUCGAGGAAGAGAAUGAUGUCAGAUUUCUCCAGCAUUUCAAAAAACAUGGACUAGGUUCCCAGGUGGAUUUGCCAUUUGUGUCUGUGAUAGAGCAAGAGUACGGCGCACUAGACAAGAUGAAGACCGCUGUACAGCUGGUUGAUAACUUAGAAGACGUUGUCUUUCAGAACACUCAGCGGCUGUGGUCUAGUAAGUGUAUCAGUGCAAUAUGUUUAGACCCAGAAACAGCACACCCUGAGUUGGAGGUGUCAGCAGACAGGCUGGAAGUACACUGGAGUAAGAAACCAACCCCAGAGAGGAAACAGAAAACAAACAUCAGCUCUCAGUACAGUGUCCGGGCCAAGGAGAGAUUCUCCAGCGGUUCCCAUUACUGGGAAGUGGCUGUGUGGAAGAAACCCUUCUGGCUGAUUGGUCUGUCAUAUGGGUCAGCUACUGGAGAUCAGGAUUCAGAGCACUGCAACGGUGACUUUGACAAUGCAUUCUGCUACAUCUAUCAUGGUAAUGGAAAAUACCUCAUUUGUCAGGACUCAAAUGAAAAGCAACUGGCAGUAAGAAAAACUAUCCAAAAACUUGGAGUUUGGGUAGAUAUCCAGAAAGGGAAUGUGUCCUUCUAUGAUGGCGAUACGCUGGCUUUGCUUCACUCAUUUUGUGUUGACUUUUCUGGCCCAGUUUAUUCCAUCUUCAAUCCCUGUAUUGACAUAAAUGGCCAAAAUAGUCAACCUUUUGCCAUUGUACAUCUAAGAAACACAAAUAUUCCUCAAAGCCCCUCAUAAAUUGCAUGAAUCCAUGAAUUUUCUAGUUACAGUGCUUAAAUAAUAGUUUAAUAAUUCUAUUGUGUGUCUGUUUUAUAUGAUAGAGUUUGGUGUAGUUACAAGUAUCACAAGAAAUCUAGGAUUUAAUACUUUAAUUAUAGUUUGUAAUUUCUACCUCAAUGUAGAAAAUAAACCAUUGUGCUCUAGGUGUUUUAAAACUGAAAAGUGAGAAAGAGGUGAAAAUAGUUUGACAAAUUAACACAGAUUAAAUGUAAUAAACUUCUUUGCCCCUUUUUACUUAAAAAGGAUAGUUCACCUUGAAAAAUGUGUCAUCAGUUAUGAACAUUUUGUCAGUAUUUUUUGU